AUGGCUGGUGACGGCCUGGGUCUCGCGGUGCCAGCUCGACCGAUGCUCUCUCCAAAGGCGACUACGCCAAGUAGCCUCGGGACUGGGGCCUCCUCAGACUAUUUUCCUCGAACCAGGUCGAAAUCCAAUGUUUCUGCGAGAUCGAACACAUCGGCAACGUCGCAGAACUCCCCUCUUCCCUCUCCGCACCCGCAAGACCAAUAUUCAACAAUCAUACCAGAUGUACAGCUUUUCGGAAGCUCGCAACAUGUCACUCGUAAGACUGAUGCUCGCAAGCCUUCACGGACGCAGAGUGGAGUCCGUGCACCGAGGUGCUCCUUAGCGAAUUUAGCUGGAGCCACGGCUUCUUCUCCGAGGCCUAGCAUGGACUCUGUUCUAAAUGCUGCAAGCACAGCAGAGCACUCAUCCAAAUCAGAAACACCAAAUGUCAUGGGGGAAACAUCUUGGGAGGACUAUGAGAUACCGCAGGAGCUGGAGUUCGUGAGAGGAGAUACACCAAGGGGGAUUCGAGACAUCAUCCAAGAAUCUUUGGACGAACACCGUGCGAUGAGGGCGUCCAGGCUGCAAAGCCAGGCUAUCGUGGUAAGGACUACCAUCGAAUCAUCAAGAACACCACGUAAAAAAGACCGACCCGAAGUCCCAGAAUGUUCAUCAAUCAUAUCGGCUCGAUCCACACCCGACAGCGACUAUGUUACAAACCGUUCCACCAGCAGCCUGAGUACUUCACGUGAUUCUGCGACAAGCCUAGAGUCAGAGGCCGAGGAUCCUGGCUUUCUGCGACGACCAAAGGUACUCAGCCGAUCUCGGGCUAAUUCUUCUCUAGAAAGCUUGAGGACGAAGCUGAACCCAAAUAUCAGUCCUAGCAUGGCGGCUUUAGAGAAAAGACUUCAAGAAAGUCAAGAAAGGACGAACAAGAGUCACAAACUAUUCAAGCUUCUACCGGGCCGGAAAAGGAAGAGCGAACUUUCAUUGGACCCUCAGAUGCCAGAGCCAACUUCCUAUGAGUGCACAAGCUGCUUCGAUGAGGUGCCCGAUACCAAAGCCGUGGACGUGCCUUGUCACCAUAAGUACUGUCCGCGAUGUUUUUCGCAACUGAUACUCACCGCCACAAGCAACGAGGCUACCUUUCCACCCAAGUGCUGCCUGCAGGAGAUCCCCAAAAAGACCAUGCGGGAGCGUCUACCUCCCAAAGUCCUGGCUCAAUUUGAUGAAAAGGCUUUGGAAUAUGCGGUUGCGAUUGGCAAUCGCUAUUACUGUGUAUCUCCGAAAUGCGCGAAAUGGAUUGACACUCGGAUUGCCAGGCGAAUGAAUGGGAUAUUGGAGUGCCCUCAUUGUGCGGUCAAGCUGUGCACGACCUGCCGUGGGCCUCAACAUCCUUCUAACGAGGAUUGCCCACAAGACUACGGUCUUGAGGCCGAUCAAGCACGGCGAGAAGGGGAAAUAGCUGCGAGACUCGCACGGUUUGAGGUCGAUCAACGAGCCGAAGAGGAAGAGAUAAGAGCAGCAAUUGCUGCAGUAGAAGAGGCAGAGCGCCAGCUGCGAAAGGAAUGGGAAGCGGAAGAAGCAUGUCUAGAAGCCGAAGCACGGGAAAUGACUAAACGAGAAUUUGAGCGCUUACAGGACAUCAACGAUCAUUUCGAGUAUUUGCGCGGAGUGCUGGACAGGAUUCGCUUACAACAGCGGCAAGCCAUCGAGCGGCGCCACGAUCGAGAGUGGGGUGAGAUUGACAUGAUGAAGGAUAAGCUCGAAUCGCCCGAUGCCGCUGUCGAGCGGGAACGCUGUGUGGCUUCAGAACGAGAGAAGAUCGCCACGAUGACUGAAGGCACCAUCAAGACUUUGCGACGCAGAUUCGCAACGGAAAUGAUGGAUACCAUCACCCGUCACCGCAAAGACCAGGACGAGCUGAUGGCUAUGUCCGUCGACAACCCGGACCAGGACGCGGACAUCAUGAAAGCCGACAUCCUGCAAGAGCUUAUGCCAGCCCAAGAGCUCGAGCGAUCAACCCUAAAGUCGCAACAGGCGCGCGAAAUUGCCAAAUGGAAGGCUCGCGGUGAACAAUCCCUCAGGGCCUUUGACUCCACGAUGGUCUGUCUAAAAAUACGCCUCGAAGAAGCGGAAAAAAUUAACGUCCGCGCAAAGGAGAUGAAACAGCGUGUUUUCGCGGACACUAAAUGGUUCGAGGCUGUUUUCUUGGAAAGAACGAUCAUGCUGAGUGAGGACGAGAGGAAGUUAAUCUUGAGUGGCAGUGAUGCCCCGGCGUGGUCGAAAGCAGAGAGGGACUCGAGCGCUACGAUGAUUGGCGUCAAGAUUGAGGGAUGUAGCCCGAAGGUGGCGACGAUCAAGGCAUUUGGACCUGGCGCAGCGAGGCAGGAGGAAGUAGCAAGUGCGAACACCAGUAGGAUGAUGGUGCGGAAGAGGGGGGUUAUCAGAACUACGUGGCAUCCUCAAAUGGGAUGA